AGCCCCGGAGCUCAAAGCACAGGAGCCGCUCAGGAAGCAGAGCCGCCUGGACCCCAGUUCGGCCGUCCUCAUCCGAAAGGCCAAGCGCGAGAAGGUGGAGACCAUGCUGCGGAACGACUCGCUGAGCUCCGAUCAGUCUGAGUCGGUGCGGCCGUCUCCGCCCAAACCGCACCGGUCCAAGAGGGGCGGCAAGAGGCGGCAGAUGUCGGUGAGCAGCUCCGAGGAGGAGGGCGUGUCCACGCCGGAGUACACCAGCUGCGAGGACGUGGAGCUGGAGAGCGAGAGUGUCAGCGAGAAAGGUGACUUGGAUUAUUACUGGCUGGAUCCUGCCACGUGGCAUAGCCGGGAAACAUCACCUAUCAGUUCGCAUCCUGUGACGUGGCAGCCGUCUAAAGAGGGAGACCGACUAAUUGGGCGUGUUAUUCUUAACAAGAGAACAACCAUGCCCAAAGAAUCAGGUGCAUUACUGGGUCUGAAAGUUGUUGGAGGAAAAAUGACUGACUUAGGACGCCUGGGUGCUUUCAUCACCAAAGUAAAGAAGGGUAGCCUAGCAGAUGUAGUCGGACACCUAAGAGCAGGGGAUGAAGUUCUAGAAUGGAAUGGUAAACCCCUGCCGGGAGCUACAAAUGAAGAAGUUUACAACAUUAUUUUAGAAUCAAAAUCAGAACCUCAAGUUGAAAUUAUUGUUUCAAGGCCUAUUGGUGAUAUUCCCCGGAUUCCUGAAAGCUCCCAUCCUCCACUGGAGUCCAGUUCCAGUUCCUUUGAAUCUCAGAAGAUGGAAAGGCCUUCCAUUUCUGUUAUUUCUCCAACAAGUCCUGGAGCUCUGAAAGAUGCCCCGCAAGUCUUACCAGGGCAACUCUCUGUAAAGCUAUGGUAUGAUAAAGUGGGACACCAGCUGAUUGUAAAUGUUCUACAAGCAACGGAUCUGCCCCCAAGAGUAGACGGGCGUCCCCGGAAUCCCUAUGUAAAAAUGUAUUUUCUUCCAGAUAGAAGUGAUAAAAGUAAAAGGAGGACCAAAACAGUAAAGAAAGUACUAGAACCAAAAUGGAAUCAAACUUUUGUCUAUUCACAUGUACAUCGUAGAGAUUUUAGAGAACGGAUGUUAGAAAUAACUGUGUGGGAUCAACCAAGAGUGCAAGAAGAAGAGAGCGAGUUUCUUGGAGAGAUCCUCAUAGAACUGGAGACAGCACUUUUAGAUGAUGAACCGCAUUGGUAUAAACUUCAGACUCAUGAUGAAUCUUCACUACCUCUGCCUCAGCCAUCACCUUUUAUGCCAAGGCGACACAUUCACGGGGACAGCUCUAGCAAAAAGCUACAAAGAUCUCAGCGAAUCAGUGAUAGUGACAUCUCAGAUUAUGAGGUUGAUGAUGGUAUUGGAGUAGUUCCUCCAGUAGGUUAUAGAUCUAGUGCUAGAGAAAGUAAAUCCACAACAUUAACUGUGCCAGAACAGCAAAGAACUACUCAUCACCGCUCACGUUCAGUAUCUCCUCAUCGUGGCGAUGAUCAGGGAAGGCCGCGUUCACGGUUACCAAAUGUGCCAUUACAGAGGAGUUUAGAUGAAAUCCAUCCAACAAGAAGGUCACGUUCUCCAACCAGACACCAUGAUGCCUCCCGAAGCCCAGCUGAUCAUAGAUCCAGAGAUGUGGAUAGUCAGUAUUUAUCAGAACAAGACAGUGAGCUUCUUAUGCUGCCCAGAGCAAAACGAGGACGAAGUGCAGAAUGCCUCCAUACUACCAGUGAACUGCAGCCCUCCCUUGACAGGGCUAGGAGUGCUAGUACCAACUGCUUGAGACCAGAUACUAGUUUGCAUUCACCAGAACGAGAAAGGGGUAGAUGGUCCCCCUCCCUAGAUAGGCGACGACCUCCUAGCCCCAGGAUUCAAAUCCAGCAUGCAUCUCCGGAAAAUGACAGGCACUCCAGAAAGUCUGAAAGAUCUAGCAUCCAAAAACAGACUAGGAAAGGCACUGCCCCCGAUGCAGAAAGGGUUCUCCCACCAUGUCUUUCUAGAAGGGGACAUGCAGCCCCAAGAGCGACUGAUCAGCCAGUCAUUAGGGGAAAACAUCCCACUCGCUCAAGGUCGAGUGAGCACUCUAGUGUCAGAACACUGUGUUCUAUGCACCACCUUGCCCCCGGAGGGUCGGCGCCGCCUUCUCCGCUUCUGACAAGAAUGCACCGACAAGGAAGCCCGACCCAGUCUCCUCCAGCAGAUGCGUCCUUCAGCAGUCGCAGGGGAAGACAGCUCCCACAAGUGCCAGUGAGAAGCGGCAGUAUAGAACAAGAACAAGAAAAAUAUAACUCUUCCACAAAAGCAAGCUUAGUAGUGGAGGAGCGAACAAGACAGAUGAAAAUGAAAGUGCAUCGAUUUAAGCAGACUGCAGGGUCUGGUUCUAGUCAAGAACUUGAUCGCGAGCAAUAUUCCAAGUAUAACAUACAUAAAGAUCAGUACAGAAGCUGUGAUAACGUCUCUGCCAAAUCAUCAGAUAGCGAUGUGAGUGAUGUGUCCGCCAUUUCCCGAACCAGCAGUGCCUCACGCCUCAGCAGCACAAGCUUUAUGUCAGAGCAAUCUGAGCGCCCCAGGGGUAGAAUCAGUUCAUUUACCCCCAAAAUGCAAGGCAGACGGAUGGGGACCUCAGGAAGAGCCAUCACGAAGAGCACCAGUGUGAGUGGGGAGAUGUACACACUGGAGCAUAAUGACGGCAGCCAGUCGGACACGGCUGUGGGCACAGUCGGAGCAGGUGGAAAGAAACGGAGAUCCAGCCUGAGUGCCAAGGUGGUGGCCAUCGUGUCUCGAAGGAGUAGAAGCACAUCUCAACUGAGCCAAACAGAAUCAGGCCACAAGAAGUUAAAAAGUACCAUACAGAGAAGCACAGAAACGGGAAUGGCAGCUGAAAUGCGGAAGAUGGUGAGACAGCCAAGUCGAGAGUCUACUGAUGGCAGCAUCAACAGUUACAGCUCCGAGGGGAACUUGAUAUUUCCUGGCGUGCGAUUGGGUGCUGACAGUCAAUUCAGUGAUUUUCUUGAUGGACUGGGACCAGCCCAGCUUGUUGGCCGCCAAACCCUUGCCACCCCAGCAAUGGGUGAUAUACAAAUUGGAAUGGAGGAUAAAAAGGGCCAGUUAGAAGUUGAAGUAAUCAGAGCACGAAGCCUCACACAGAAACCCGGCUCCAAAUCUACACCUGCUCCAUAUGUCAAAGUAUAUCUUUUGGAAAACGGAGCCUGUAUAGCCAAGAAGAAGACAAGAAUUGCACGAAAAACUCUUGAUCCUUUGUAUCAACAGUCCCUGGUGUUUGAUGAAAGUCCGCAGGGUAAAGUUCUUCAGGUGAUUGUCUGGGGAGAUUAUGGCAGAAUGGACCAUAAAUGCUUUAUGGGUGUGGCUCAAAUCUUGUUGGAAGAACUCGAUCUGUCCAGCAUGGUAAUUGGAUGGUACAAAUUGUUCCCACCAUCAUCACUGGUGGAUCCCACACUCACUCCCUUAACCCGCCGGGCUUCCCAAUCAUCUCUGGAAAGUUCAACUGGGCCUCCCUGCAUUCGAUCAUAGUGAACUCAUACCAGAGUCAUUCCAAGAAAACUCCACCUUUCAGGAUAAUAAUCUGAACCAGAUAUUUCAUGAUCAAAAGCAUUGUUGGAGACAGACAAUCAACUCGUGUUUUGCCUGUAGUAGUUUUUCAAUAAUAUGUCCCAAUUGUUGUUUAAAACAUGGCUUCAUAUGACAGAACAAGGCAAUCUAUCAAAUUCAGUAAGAAUCAAUGUGCUAGUGAGAGUCACUGAUGCUUCUAACAAAUAGAAAAAGAGGAAACUUCAGUACACGCGCGUGCACACACACACACACACACACACCAAAUAGAACAAACUGGAAACUCUCACUCUGUGAAAAGUUGUAUUUUACACAUUUCUGCACAGACCACAAGCAGUGUUAUUUCCCAGGUGUUUGAGAAGUUAGGUUCAUUUGUGUGUUUUGGUUUUAUAUGUUGUUUGUUGGUUUUUGGUUUCUCGAGUUUCGAUUUGUUUCAUUUUCACCAUAUUUGUUAUGUCCACUACUUUUUUGGCUGUGUCAUGACAGGCCUCAUGAUGCUAACAGAGACCCUUCCUUUCUUUUUCCAAAAGCACCAAAAAAAGGGCUGAAGCAGUCUCUGUAGCAUCUCCCCAAAGUUCAACAGCUAGAUAAGGUGAGGCCAAUGAAGGGUUUCACUGGCUUUCAUGUUUUAAUUCUUCAAAGUCUUAUGUGUGGAAACUCAAAAGACAAAAAAAUAAAAAAUCUUCCAAAAUAACUACAGAAUCACCUUUUAAAAUAUAGAGCAUAUCCGUUUGCAUUUUAGAAAAUUAAUUUAUGUUCUCCAUUGUUUUGCAUGGAGGGCUUUUUAAAGAAGUCAAUCUGCAGCUAAUACUGGGGACUAAAACUAACUGCGUAAUUGUAUGUUGGAAACACUUCUUGUAAUGCCUUUUCUUCCUGAUACUAAAAAAAGAAAGAAAAAGAAAAAAGAAAAAAAAAGUACAUAUGCUUAUGUGUCUAAAACGUACAUUUGACUUUCCAAAAUGGUGACUAGGAAUGGAUUUGAGCCUAAGACACUUUGAGCUAUGCCCAGGCUUCUCAGCCAUGCCUCAGUGUAGACACACCCAUCUGCCCUGGAAAAAGCAUGGUCUGAGCUGUUCAAUAUUCCACUGGAAAUUCCAGUUGAAAUAUUCUGCACUAAACUAAUGUUUUUAUCGAAUUUUAGUUUACAUUUCUUUGAGAUUGAUGCAAGCACAAAGCUUGAUUUUUUAAUGCAAAGUAUCUUACUUUUUUGGGAGAAAAUAAAACAAAGUCAGAUUUCAAUUUGCAUUUUCUUCAUUUGAGUUUUUCUUGGCCUUGAAUUUCCCUUGUGACAUUCUGUGUAUGUGCUACGAACUGCAGACUCUGCAGGUGCGUUGAUAUGUUCUCCCUCCUUUUAUGAGUCAUUCAACUUUUGUGAUUACGCAAAUAGAGCAGCAUGACUUGGAACUGUUCAAAGCUGCAUGCACAUUUUGUAAAAAAAAAAAAAAAUAGGAAAAGAAAAAAAUUAAAGAAACAAAAGGUUAUUUAAUAAUGUAUGUUAGUUCCACAUAGGCCAGCUUGUAUGUUGCAUGUACUUGUACAGUUUGCUUGUUAAUUACUAUACUGAAAUAACCAAGAAAUCUAAGCCAUCCAUUUUUGUUAUAGACAUUUUGCAGGUUUUAGCCAGAUUCAGUCUGGAGUGAAAUGUCUAUAGAUGGACUUUAUUUUUUACCCUACGGAAAACGUGAUGUAGUACGGACCAAAUUCCUUCUAAUUAACAUUUUGGUGUAGAUUCAUACUGUGGGGCUGUAACACAUAUAGACACUGUGUACACACUAGGUUUUAAUCCAUAGACGUACUGCCUGCACCAAGCGAAUUAUUUAUUAUUAUUUACACAUGCCAGAAUUAUCUGCCCAUCAUUCCACAGGGCACAGAUUGACCACUGCUCACUCAGCUGAGCAGAAAGAACUGAAGCAUUGGUGCACUUCUACUAGAUUCCGUUCUGUCUUAGUGGCCAACAAUCAACUGAUUAUAAUUGGGUAGUAUCUUUCUAUUUUGACCACUUGUCUUAACACCCCCCUGCCCCCGUGCUUUUAAAUGAACUUCCAACUCAUGUAUGUAAACAUGUUUAAUAAAAUUUACUUUUCAUGUCAGUCA